AUUCUUCAAAGCUGAAGACAGGCCUUGAUUCCGCGGUCCAGCCGCCAGUUUUCCUCUUGAACGCCGCAUUGCCAAUUCCAGGGUUUCGAGAGACUGCCAGGACCGCGCCAGGUGCAAUGCAGUCAAGCGCCGCGCGCUGCGCUGCAGCCCCCGGUCCCCUCAGCUUCUCCUCUGUCACAACAGACAGGACGUCCGUCCACUCAAAGCAAACUUUGUCCCGUUCUACCCCCAGUCUUCUUCGCCGCUCCCCAUCUUUUAAAACAGCACAUCCCUCGUCCUCAAAUUGCCCAGCCAAGACCUUUUCGCACCGCCGCGGUCCGGUUCAGUGCAAUGCUGCGAAAGGGGACGACUCAGAAUCAGAGGCACCGCUGAAAGAAGCGGCGGGUAAAGCAAUCGAUGCCGCGGGUGCGGGACUUUCAUGGGUCAGCCCGGAGUGGUUGACGAAGCUGGUGUCCACAUUCCAGGGGCCAGAUGACUCAGGGGUGCCGGUCGCGAAUGCGCAGCUGAACGAUGUUCAGGAGCUGCUCGGGGGGGCGCUGUUUCUGCCACUAUUCAGGUGGAUGCUGGAGACGGGCCCGGUGUACCGGCUGGCCGCAGGGCCCCGUAACUUUGUGAUCAUUGGCGAGCCCCAGGCGGCCAAGCACGUGUUGCGAAACUACGGAACCAAGUAUCAUAAGGGGCUCGUGGCUGAGGUGUCGGAGUUUCUCUUUGGGUCCGGCUUUGCGAUCGCUGAGGCAGAGCUAUGGCAGACUCGGCGGAAAGCUGUUGCCCCGUCGCUCCACCGAAAGUACCUCUCCACUAUGGUCGACACCGUUUUCGCUGCAUGCUCCGACCAACUUAUCGCCAAGCUCGAACGCGUCGCGGCGUCGGGCAAGCCGAUCAACAUGGAGGCGGCAUUUUCGCAGCUGACUCUAGACGUCAUCGGCAAGUCGGUGUUCAACUACGACUUCGACUCGCUGACGUCAGACAGCCCGGUGAUCCAGGCGGUGUACACUGCGCUUAAGGAGACGGAGUCGAGGUCGACCGACAUUCUGCCGUAUUGGCAGGUUCCGUUACUGUGCAAGCUGAUUCCGCGGCAACAGAAAGCGGCCGCUGCCGUGAAGUUGAUCCAGGAGACGGUGGAGCGACUGGUGGCGCAGUGCAAGGAGAUCGUAGAAGCAGAGAACGAGCGGUUGACUGAAGAAGAAUACAUCAACGAGUCCGAUCCUAGCGUGUUGCGAUUCUUGCUGGCCAGCAGAGAAGAGGUCUCGAGCACCCAGUUGCGGGACGACCUCUUGUCGAUGCUGGUCGCGGGGCACGAGACGACGGGGUCGGUGCUGACGUGGACUGUCUACCUCCUAGCGCAGAGCCCGUCCGCGCGGGAGAAGGUGUUUGAGGAGCUGGCGCGCGUGCUGCCGGACGGACGGUCGCCCUCGUUUGCUGACACGCGCGAGCUCAAGUACAUCAUGCGCUGCAUCAAUGAGUCCAUGCGCCUCUACCCGCACCCCCCCGUGCUCAUCCGGCGCGCCAUUGUGGACGACGAGAUCCCCGGGGGAUACAAGGUGAAGACGGGGCAGGACGUCAUGAUCUCCGUCUACAACAUCCACCACUCGCCACAGGUAUGGGACAAGGCAGAGGAGUUCUUUCCCGAGCGCUUCGACCUCGAGGGCCAGGUGCCAAACGAGGCGAACACCGACUUUAGGUACAUCCCCUUCUCGGGCGGCCCGCGGAAGUGCGUGGGCGACCAGUUCGCGCUGCUGGAGUCGGUGGUGGCGCUCGCGAAGCUGUUCCAGCGGUUCGACUUCGAGCUGGUGCCGGGGCAGGACAUCGGCAUGACCACGGGGGCGACCAUUCACACCAAGAACGGCCUCUACAUGACCGUCAAGGAUCGGCAAAAAGCGUUGUCGAAAGAGCCCGUGCUAGUGUAGAACGUUCAAGCCCUGAAUGGACCCUCACCGGAUUUCAGAAACUCGAGGAGGCACGGUAUCCUUUGCUGAUGUGGCGGUGAAAAGACCGACGUCCACAUCCUUCAAAACGAACUUUAGGAACACAACACACACCUUGGCAAGGGUUCACCAUUCAAGCGACAGCGUCAGUGAUGGCUACCUUAUUGAUUGUUUGAUGGAGUCAUCAUCGGUUGAGAAAAGCUGAGCCAAUUGGUGGUGCCCGGCCUAGUGCCAGAUCUUCAGAUCUAUGUAAAGGCCUGGUCAGCGAGGCGGGCCCAACUUGUGACCUCAUUAAUCUGACAUAUAUAUGUCUGUACACCCAA